CCCAGAGUACAAAACUUUAAAUAUUGGAAAAAAAGUCUCUAUAGACAAGAUAGAGCAUCGAGGAUCGAAUGCAAAGGGGCAAAAGAGUGAAAAAGAAAUUUCUGCAGCCAAACAGAAAACUUGAUUCGAGGAUUCUGGGUCAAAAAUGGAUGACAGGCAAUAUGAAAGAAGAGGAGAGAUAUAUAGUGCAUCAAAUACAGACUCUGGGGCUUUCUUUCCACGGAGUCUAUUGCCCACAGGAUAUUUUUCUGGUAGUCAUCAACCUGCUGAAAAUAAUCCAACCAGCUACAUAUCGCCUGGAUAUUAUCCACAUGGUAUUCAAUCAGCAGUACUUAAUAAUCCUCCAGGGAACAUUGAAAUGACUCCCAGAGAUCGAGGUUUACCGCCCCAGAGCAUGGUUUACAUGGUAGGUCAUGUUAAUGAGAAUAGGAAUAACGCAUUUCCAUCUUAUGAACAAAAUCAAGUUUACAGUAACCAGCAGCAAACAGAUAUUACCGAGGAACCUCCAAAGCCAAGAAAGGUAUGGUGGUAUACUGUCUGCCGCGUAUUUUCAGCCAUUUUGAUUAUUCUAAAUGUCACAUCCGACUGGCUACAGUAUGCUGACAUGGAAGAUCCUAUCGAAAACACUAAAAAUACACUCAAAAUCACAGUAAAUGAUUGCCCAAACUCUCAAGAAUUCGAUUCAGGGGAAGUGGCGAAUCAAUAUUUAUAUUUUACUAUUGCUGGUACUGCCCUCGCCUUUCUUCAGAUGGUCAACAUCGUUUACCAGAUUAUUCAGAAUCACCGCUUAGAUCCUACCAAAGAAAUUCCUAAUCAUCUGGAUGAACGAACUGAAGUUUUUUUGGUGACGACAUUUGUUGAAAUACCACAAAAUUUUCUACUUUUUCGAUAUGAAAAACUUAUUUGUUUAGAAUGUGUAGUAGAAUGGGACUCCAAAAAUAUCAAACGAUUAAUUAAUGGUUUAGUGGCCUGGGUAAGCAGCAUUUGGCGCUAUAUAACAAAUGUGAAAGUAACUUCAGGUAACAAGAAAAACGGAGGCUGUUGCACAAAUCCUUGUCAGAAGUGUGGUGAUCGCUGCGGAAACUGUAUCAAAAAGUUCUGCAGUGGUUUGCUGGAAUGCCUUUGUCCCUGUUGCUGUUGUUGCAUUGAUUGCAAGACAUUUUUCCCCUGCUGUUGUUGCUCAAUCAUCAGCAAAAAAGGAAGCUGUUACACGGAAUGUUGCUGUAAUGGAAAUUGUUGCAAAGGCGACCACAACGAGCCCUCUAUACUGGCCAAGCUGGCAGCACUACCCACGACUCUCUACACAUUCCUCUACAUAGCCAGGGUGAUGAAACCUUUCUGCAGCUUGUCGGGAAUCUACCAGUACUACAAAAUUGCUCCAAUAUUUAUAAACGAAGUUAUCAUCAGUUGGUUUUGGGACAAGAUUUUCUGAGCGACAGUAACCUCUACUUAAAUCAGUACUAGCAGUGUGUUUAAUUUAACAAUCAAUCUGUUAAGCAUUCUAAUUUGAUUUC